GCGUGUCAAGGCAAAGCAGAGAAGGCUCCUGGCGGAGGAGGCCCUGGCUGGCAGCGGUGCUGCCGACGCUGGCGCUUGCGCCCACAGGCGCUUCCCAAAACAGGUGGUGCUGUGGGUGCCUCCGUCCGGGCAGUCGCCGCCCAGCUACCAAGACUUCAAUGACGUUCGCGGUGGCAAGUCGAACUCUCUUACGAGCGAGCACUUCCAGCUCCUGGGGACCAGUGAGGCGGCGAAGGGCAACCUUACGGAGCUCUGUGCCACGCUCCUGAGGACAUUCCAAGAAGAGCUUGUUGACAAGGCGGCUCGCCACGAGGGCCGCAUGUACGGCGCGCUCACGGAGCAUUGGCUGUGCUUCCAGAAAGCCCAGCUCUGCACUGCGAAGGAGGCGCCUCCGGGUAAGGACGACGAUGAGGAGGAAGACCUGUGA